UCGAUCUACAAUCUACAACCCGGUGAAAAGUUGGCCGUUCUUAGUUCCAUGGUAGAUGAGCUACUUUUGCAACCACAAUUUCGUGAUCAGAUCGAAGCUGGCUUUGAAAGGCAACGAUUUCUUCGUCUUCAACUGCGACUCUGUUUGGAAAUGAAUCUCGAUGGAACUGCCCUUUAUCCUGAUGAUGAAAAUAGCACACAUAACUUGGACACAGAUGCUUCUGCUUCGCCCUGCGCCUUUGAUACUGAAAUAGGGGGCUCUGAUACUCCCUUUUCUGCAGCUCCUCACACAACUAAUUCAGCCUUCUUAGGCACUGGUGCUAACCCAAAUUCUCCCCAUUGGCAUAGUGCUCGAGGUCGGGGUCGCGGAAAAGGUAGAGGUACCGGAACUGAUAUGCCUAGCCAAACUCGGGCUGGUGUUAGCCACGGUUGUUUGGGGCCUGGAUAUAAUAGAAACAGUGGGACUCGUGUUCGCCAGCGUGGCCGGGGCCGAGGCCGGGGUCGGGCGCGGGGCUGUCUGGGGGCUGGAACCACAUCAAAUGGUGGAGUCAGGCGAGCGAGGGCUGCAGCAGCAGUCAUGCGCUUUUCUACAGCCAUUGGACGAGGCGGCAACACCUUGCAUUCCGAGUGCGUCUUUUCCUUUGAAUUUUAA